AUGAGCACAGACAAUCAAUAAACCUCUAAGAAUCCCAUCUUUUAGAUUCUUGAAGAUAUUGGAAAGGAUUUUGAAAAAUGCAAGCCCUUAGUUGAUAUUGCAGUUAAAAUUGGUGUCCCCCCUGGUCACAUUGUUGCUGUCAGUUUUUGUCUUGCCUUGUUGUGCAUUAUUUUUGGUAUCUUUAGUGACUUCUUAACUGCUGUUGUCGGUUUAUUAUAUCCUUCUUACAUGAGUUUCAAGGCUAUCGAGACUCCUGACGAUGAUGAUGAUAAGCAAUGGUUGACCUAUUGGAUUGUCUUUAGUUUCUUACACGUUUUCGAUGGUCCUUUGAGCCUUAUUCUCUAAUUCUUCCCCUUCUACUACCCUCUUAAGGUUAUGUUCUAUGUUUACUUAUUCUAUCCCAAAACUAAGGGAGCCUUGUUCAUCUACAACAGCUUUUUGAGAAAGUUUUUACUUGAAAACUAAGCCAAGAUCGAUGAUAACUUAAAAAGGGCUUAAGAAACUAUUGAAAACACCAGAUUUACUAAAUGA